AUGGGCCAACUUUCGAACGAGAGGGUGGUAGAUUCUGAUUCUGAUCUUUCUGAUCAGGAACUCCGUGGUUUUCAGCCGCCUCUGGGAUUCAAGAAGGUGGAAGAUCUGGAAAUUGUGGGAAGGCUAUCACCUAAGAAUCUAAAAAAUAAGGAAAUCUGGUUGAUUCAGGUGCCUUCAGAUUUGAACAUCAAGAAACUCAAAAAGCUACCAGUUAAUCUUGGAGUCGGUCGAACGACUGAGUUCAAGGUGAAAGAUACCGAUUAUGCGUUGAACGAAGACAUUGCAGCAACAGAGCAGGACGUCCUAAAGAGAAGAUAUAAAAUCAUGAGCGCACAAAACAAGAAAUCACUUCAACCUGUUCCCAAACUGGAGAUUUCGAGAUUUUAUAGUGUAUCGGAGAAGGUCAAAAUUCCAGAGAUUAACUACGGGAAGGUAGUGACUCAAAGACGUGAUGUGGAGCAACAUUUCGACUUAAGAAUGAGACAUUUCCCAACAGGAUAUGGUAAGGAUAACUAUGAGGAGGCCAAAAAGGAGGAUAAGUCUGUUGCCACACCAAAUCCACAAAAGAGAAAGAGCGAGGAUUCCUCAAAGAAGGAGAAAAAGCAUAAGAAAGAUAAAAAGAAGAAAGACGCCGAAGAUUAG